AUGAUUAGCAUUCCCCCAAAAGCCCAAAUACCUUUUUAGAGAGAGAGAGAGAGAGAGAGAGAGAGAAGGGGGGAAAGAGAUGGAGUAUAAUGAACAAGGUUUCUUAGAGGAGUUACUAGCUCUAAGAACUGACUCAUUAGAAGCAACCAUCCCCACAGUAGGAAUGAGUACUGGGUUCUACAACAAUGGAUGGAGCACUGAUUGUUUCACUGAAAACCCAAUUCCCGUACCUCCAAAUUCUUCCUUUGAAGACUUCUCUUUGCCACUUGAUCACCAAACCCUAAACUGCUCAUCAUUCACUGAAUUCUACUGCCCAUUUGGAGAUGACUUCUCAGCUCCAAACAAGCUUCAUCACACCCCACAAUUCCCAACUCAAGAGGACUACUCUGUCUCAAUGAUGGAUGAUAACAAUGAAGAACAAAGCCUUGUUGGGAAUAAUGUCCUUCACAAUUUGGAGUUACAAGCUUCAAAUUGCAAAUUGGAGCCAAUCCAAUCCACCCAAGUACCGGUUUUCGACACGGGUUUGUGUCUUGAAGAGAGAAAGAGCAAAGUGAAGAAGGUGGGUGGGCAGCCAUCAAAGAACCUCAUGGCGGAGAGGCGGCGGAGGAAGCGGUUAAAUGACCGGCUUUCGAUGCUCAGAUCAGUUGUUCCCAAGAUAAGCAAGAUGGACAGGACAUCAAUACUUGGAGACACAAUAGACUACAUGAAAGAACUAUUGGAGAGGAUCAACAAUUUGCAAGAGGAAAUUGAAGUGGGUUCUCCAAAUCAGUUGAACUUAUUGAACAUUUUCAAGGAUGUGAAGCCUAAUGAAGUUUUGGUCAGAAAUUCACCCAAGUUUGAUGUGGAGAGGAGGAAUGUGGAUACUCGAAUUGAGAUCUGUUGUGCAGCGAAGCCCGGUUUAUUGCUAUCAACUGUGACUAGUUUAGAAGCAUUAGGCCUCGAGAUUCAACAGUGUGUUAUUAGCUGUUUUAAUGAUUUUGCAAUGCAAGCUUCUUGCUCUGAGGAAAUGGAGCAGAGAGCAAUGUUGAGUUCAGAAGACAUAAAGCAGGCAUUGUUUAGAAAUGCAGGCUAUGGAGGAAGGUGUCUUUAGAGUUGCAAUUAGAGUGUUAAGAGAGAGAGAGAGAGAGCUUGUGAUGGAUCCACAGGGGAUUGAUUUAUGAAUCUCUGUAAUUUCAAUAGCUUUGCAAGUUAGAGAUUGCAGUGCUUUUGCCUUCUAAAAUAAUAAGUGGUUCCUUUUUUCUUUUUUUUUUAUAUCAAAACAGUUUCAAGAACUAUUUUGUGUAAUAAUAUGUCAGAUUCAAGUGCAAAUGUUUUCUAGUGCAA